UUUAUCUGAAGAAGAAGAAGAAGAAAAAAAAAAAAUCCAACAAAAGAAAAAGUUCAAAUCUCAAUCAUCGUUAUCGCUUUCCUUUUGCUCUGCGAAUCGCGAGAUCUCGGAAUCGCAUCCUUGAUUUUUUGGAUACUGAUUGUUUUGUUUUUGGUCCUCGUUGUUCACGAUUUCACGUUAGCUUGGUAGGAAUUUGAACGAGAAAUUGGAGAUUUAAUUUUUGUAAUUAGGGUUGUUGAUAUAGAGAAUAGCGAAGAUGGAGAAGUACGAGCUGGUGAAAGACAUAGGAGCUGGGAAUUUCGGAGUGGCGAGGCUCAUGAAGGUGAAAGACUCCAAGGAGCUCGUUGCCAUGAAGUACAUCGAGCGUGGUCCCAAGAUUGAUGAGAACGUGGCAAGAGAGAUUAUCAAUCACAGAUCGCUUCGCCAUCCUAAUAUCAUCCGCUUUAAGGAGGUGGUGUUGACUCCGACUCAUCUUGCUAUUGCCAUGGAAUAUGCUGCUGGUGGUGAACUUUUCGAGCGUAUCUGCAGUGCUGGGAGAUUCAGUGAGGAUGAGGCGAGAUACUUCUUCCAGCAGCUUAUAUCAGGUGUUAGCUAUUGCCAUGCUAUGCAAAUAUGCCACAGAGAUCUGAAGCUCGAGAAUACACUCCUUGAUGGAAGUCCUGCUCCACGUCUCAAAAUCUGUGAUUUUGGUUAUUCCAAGUCCUCUCUACUGCACUCGAGGCCCAAAUCAACUGUUGGAACUCCAGCAUAUAUUGCACCUGAGGUCCUUUCUCGGAGAGAAUAUGAUGGCAAGAUGGCUGAUGUAUGGUCCUGUGGUGUUACUCUUUAUGUCAUGCUUGUUGGAGCAUACCCUUUUGAAGACCAGGAAGACCCCAAAAACUUCAGGAAAACAAUACAAAAAAUCAUGGCUGUUCAGUACAAGAUCCCGGACUACGUCCACAUCUCACAAGAUUGCAGACAUCUCCUUUCCCGUAUAUUUGUGGCCAACUCACUCAAGAGGAUAACCAUUGCGGAAAUCAAGAAACACCCAUGGUUCACGAAGAACUUGCCAAGGGAGCUCACAGAGACAGCUCAAGCUGCAUAUUUCAAGAAAGAGAAUCCAACCUUCUCCGCCCAGACCGCUGAAGAGAUCAUGAAGAUAGUGGAUGACGCCAAAACGCCUCCGCCUGUUUCCCGUUCCAUUGGAGGUUUUGGCUGGGGAGGAGAGGGAGAUUCAGAGGGGAAAGAGGAAGAGGAGGUGGAUGAAGAGGAGGUUGAGGAAGAGGAAGACGAAGAAGAUGAAUAUGAGAAGACUGUAAAGGAAGUACACGCAAGCGGAGAAGUGAGAAUCAGUUGAAUAUUUUUUGGUUUGUGUCUGUGUAAGAAAGAAGUUGUCGUUGGUUUGCUGAAACGUAAAAGCAUCUUUUUUUUUUUAUUUGUCUUUGCCAAUAACAAUGCUUUGGUUUGGGUUCUUGAAGAUUUGUAAAAUUCGCAGUAUAAGAAGAACAAAUAGUGGUUGAUUAUGAAUCCCUA